GACUUGUCAUUAACACAGAGAGAGAGAGCGAGCGAGGGAGAAAGAGAAAGAGAGAGAGCGAUGGACGCAGAGCAGAGCGGCGGUGCAGGCGCAUAAACCGGUGGAAAGGAGGGACAUCAGAUGAGGAGAAGAUAUGAACCGCGAGCAUCUUCUUCUUCUUCUUCACAGCAAACUCCAGCUCCUGUCAGAGACACCAGCGUCAUGAAACCAGUCCUGCAUUGAGCCUCUCCUCGGUGGGUUGGCAUGGCCCAGUGAUGAACGGAUCGGUGGUGCCUGGUAGCCCGGAGCUCUCCUCCUCGUGCCCACUGCCUGACUGGCGAGAGUUCUGUGAGCUCCACGCUCGAGCCUCUGCUGCAGACUUUGCCGACAAGUUCCAGCGCUUCCUCUUAGAGAACCCGUGCUACGACUCGCCCGGUGCAGAUGCCAGCUUCUCACAGCACUUUGCCCAACACUUCCUGGAGUGCUUCUCUGCAGCUCUGACCCAGGCCCGGGAGAACCAGGCGUCCUCACCGGGAGAGAACGGCUCCAACGCACCACCCAAGUACAGCAUAGUUCCUUUUCUGGGAAUCCAGGGCUUCCCACUGUCCUACGGCCACGACCUCUACCAGAGGCGCAAGGACACUGGGGCUUCAAGUGAAUCCCUGGACAGUAUGGACAGUGGAGGGGGAGGGAUAGAGGGCGGAGGCAACGGUACCCCUGCCCCCCGAGGCUCUCAGCCGACCCACAAGGUGUCUGCCCUUGGACAGUCUCGCAGCUCGGAGGACGUGUCGGUGAGUCACCCAAAGGCUCGCUUCAAGAAGGGCUUCUCUCUGAGGAACAUGAGCUUGUGUGUGGUGGACGGGGUGAAGGAGAUGUGGCACCGACGGGCCUCGCCUGAGCCUGAUGCUCCCCCAGGAGCCAGGAAGGCUAAUGGGGCAGUGGGAGGAGGAGGAGGGGGCGUAGGGGCAGGGGCAGGGGGUGAGGCAGCAGGGGGAGAGAAGUGGUCCCAAAAACUGCGCCUUCCCAGAGGUUCCCAGGGCCACAAGGCAGAGAUGCUGGAAAUCCAGAGGGAAGGCGCUCUGAGGUACAUGGUGGCUGACGACACAAACUGUAUGGGUGCCGCACAAUGGCAGAAGUGCCGCCUGCUGCUGAGGAAGACGAGAAGAGAGGAAGGAGGCGAGAAGUUCCUGCUGGAGUUUUACGUACCACCUAAGUCCUCAAAGCCAAAAGUGAGCAUCCCUCUGUCAGCCAUCGUGGAGGUGAGGACCACCAUGCCACUGGAGAUGCCUGACAAGGACAACACCUUUGUUCUCAAGGUGGAAAAUGGGGGCGAGUACAUCCUGGAAACCAUUGACUCGCUGCAGAAGAACUCCUGGGUUGCUGACAUUCAGGACUGCACAGACCCGGGUGACAGUGGCGAUGACAUCGAGCUUGCGUCAUGUCCUCACGGCCAGGCCUCCAAAGACUGCUCCAUGGUGGCCUCCUGCAGCUGUGAGCUGCUGUCUGAGGGUGUUUAUCGUGCUCCAGAGAGGCCGUGUCCCUCAGCUGCAGAGCAUUACAGCGCCCCAUCAGUCCGUUGCAGGGAACCCCCCUUUACCCAACACCCAUCUCACAUGCCUCUUGAGCGCUUCCUUCAGUCUCCAGAGGCCCAGGCCUCCAACUCCUCUGCAGGCGGCAGUGAAGGAGCAAAAGACUCAGAUGGUGACGCCAGUUUGGCAGGUUACCCAUGGUUCCAUGGGACACUGUCUCGAGUGCGUGCGGCUCAGCUGGUACUUGCAGGCGGCGCCAGGAGCCACGGCCUCUUUGUGAUCCGUCAGAGUGAGACACGGCCGGGCGAAUACGUCCUUACCUUCAACUUCCAAGGCAAAGCCAAGCAUUUGCGCUUGUCGGUAAACGAGAGCGGCCAGUGCCACGUCCACCACUUGUGGUUCCACACUGUGUCAGACAUGUUGAGACACUUCCACGCCCACCCUAUCCCCCUCGAAUCUGGCGGCUCAGCUGACAUCACUUUGCGCUCCUAUGUGCAAGUGCAGAGGAGCACGACAACAGACUCGACGGUGCCUCCAGUCUCCACCCUGCCCAGAGACACAGGCUGCCGGACAGAUUCAGCACAGCCAGCCCUCCACCCUCCUGGGAUCACAGUGCCUGCAGGGCCUCCCCCUGAUGCCCCACUCUCCUCGAGCACCUCCUCAUCUCCCACCACCCUUCCUUCUCUCUCCCGCAGUGACCCAGGUACAGGAGGAGGCUUACAGAGCCGGAGCAACAGCUCUGAGCGCCUGCUGGAGGCCUCUGCUGGGGCAUCCGAGGACUACCACGAUGCCGACGGCACCCGCAGAGCCCGAGCUGUGGAGAACCAGUAUUCUUUCUACUAAUCUGCACAGGGCAGGGUUCUCUCAUGUAUUUUCUCAAAUUGUGGGUGACAGAAAGAAAGUUGGAGGUGACACAUGAUGCUCUGCUGGUGAUGAAUCAGUGUUUCCUAUGUUUCCUUUUGUUUCACGUUUCUCUAACAUGGGAAAGAGGGUGAGCUCAUGCCGAGCUGCGUGUCCAUGCUGAUAAAUCCCUUAGGCUCUUUGUUUCAAAUUCACUAGUGAGUAAAUAGACGAUUAUGAGAAGGAGAUUAGACCAAGAUGUAGGGAGAUUAAGAUAAGCGAGCAAGAGGAAGUCAUCCAGUAAAAUCAUGUGGCUUUGAUUCACCUCUUCUUACCACUUCCUGUUCACCCUUGCCCACUGUUCCCUGGGAGUAGAGCCCUCCACCCCCCCACCCCCCCCACACACUGAAGGACUGAGAGUUUGAAUCGAAAUGACUCUGAAGGAAGAGCCCCCUCCCCUCAAAGCUCCUUCGAGCUCCCGGGAGCAUCCCAUUAAUGUUUGUAAAGCUGCUUUGGGUCUGUCCCGGAUAUCCUCACUGACCCUGUGGGGCUUCUUCUCUACAAAGCCCCGCUCUACACUAACAUCAGUGCUGCAAUCAUGGGUGUGUUAGUCUUAGCGCUGAGGUGUUUUACUUUAACGUGUACAGCCUAAAGGGUCUUAGUGCCUGACAGUUACCUUGGACUUGAACAGACUGUUGCCUAUAGUGAUGAGGCGGAUGAUUCACAACAGCCCAUCAGAUAAAUGCAGGUGAUCAUUUUACCGUUGGUUUCUGCUUCAAACACACUGAACAUGCACGUCUCUGCAUACGGAUAAAGGUUUUCGUUCUCACUGUUCUGUUGGAAGCUGCAACACGGACACACGCACUCACAGAGGUGGUCAUAUGUCGUCUUACACAUCAGUUUGGAAAAUGCACACACACGUCUGCACAUGGCUGGGUGGCUCUCGUCGUGCCAUCGUACUGAGGUUAUUUCUAUGAGUGUGUGUGGAGUCCAAAUGUUUUUCAGUGAUUGGUGUGCUACAGUAGUGUUUCCAGAACAUGGAUGUCAGGGUCCCUGCUCAUCAUAUCGAUAACCUGUAGAUUAGAUAUGCUGUUAUAUAGGAGUUCAGUAAUGCCUUGACGAUAUUAUUAUACCAACUCCAGCAGAGGGAGGGGAUAGCAGUAGCAUGGCAGUAUUAUGUGCUGAUUGUGUAGCCUGCAGGUGGCCGUGUGGGUGAACUGGUAUAGUGCAGUUUGUUAAAUAAAGGGUACUAGGUGGCCAUGCUUGAAUAGAAAAGCGUAUUUUGUGCCGAAACAAUUCUGACAUUCGUAACAAAAAGUUUUAGUGUGUUGACACUUGCUAAUUUUUCAUUUGAUCAGCCCUGCCCAGCACACUCUUGUCUUUAUUCAUUAUUUUGAACGUGUCCAUUUGCACACUUUCGGUUUACAACACUGAGAUUAAUCCAAAAACUGAAAACACUCACACAAACUUUACUAAACCAGUACAUAAAUAUACAUUUUAAUACAAAAUAUCCUAUAUUAAGUCAUAUUCACAGGCUUACCAAACGUUAUGAUCAUGACUCUGUAACAAAGCUCUGCUUCCUGUCACCAGUGAUCAAAUAAAGCAACCAUGUACGAAGAGUGGAAACCGAGAAUGAAAGAUAAAAAUGCAAGACUAAAAAUAUCAAAUCACCGUUUGGUGGGGGGGGGGGGGGGUUCAUGUGGCUGUUUCUCAGUUAGGACCAGUUGCCAGAUGGUAACUGGAGUCUCCGCGCAAUUACCUUCCCAAGUUCAUGCAAGAAACCAUAUGGCAUAUUUAACACUAAUUAGUUUUUUCCUCUAUCAUUUUGCACCAAAGAAGAACAAAAAAGUUUUAAUUAGUGAGUUUUAGAGGUGCUAUUAGGUAUGUUUUCUUACUUUUUCCCAUUUUUAAGCUUUGUGCUACACCACAUUGUCCAGCUAAUUGUGCUAUAGUGUUACAUUUAGCAUACAGAUACUUGAGUGCUGUCACUCUUGUCGUCUAUCUGUCGGCAGGACAACAAGUGAAGAUAAUUCCUCUUUAAAUCAUGAAAAAUAAUACUCUUCAAAUCACCACAAGCAGCUACAGUAUUAGGAUCAUAUGCAACACUUGAAUCAUUUGGAAUAAACAUAUCUGGACUUUGUGUGCGACUUGUCAAGCAUGGCCAUUUAGCUUCAGAAAUGAAAUUUCGAUUUCAGUGGAGGAGCAGACCGAGCAGCUCAUGUGCCAAUUUGAAUCCUAUUUUUGGAACGUAUUUAUUCCUCAGCCAUUGUAAAUUACAUUUUUCCUAUUGAGUCUUAUUUAUGUACGAUUGAUUGAUUCUCCGUGAUGAAACACACUCAAUGAAGCCCGUCUGUCACAGCAGUCCACCUCACAUAUCACAGAUUUGCUCACGUCGCCCUUUUAUUUUCUUAACACUUCUUAAAAAUCUGAAUUUCCUUUUUUCUGUUGUUUGACCGAGUUUUGAAGAGUCUGUGCAAUUUUGUACAAAGUGAUGUACUUGACAUACUACUUUAUAUUUCUGUGAAUAAAAUGUGAACAAACAUUUCA